UUCAAUAACUGCGACUAAAGUGAAGGUAACAGAGGUAACUAUAUCGUUUACUUAAUGAGAACGCAGAAACAGAUGAAGAUUGAGGUACGCAAUUUGAGUGACGUUUGAGGAUGUGUUGAUGUUGUGGUGGAAUGAGACGUUUGUCUCUUUGGCUGUGGAACGAUUUAGCUAUUAAUGUUCCUUUCCCAUAUUUCAUACACAUAUUUGAAGAAAUUUUACGUUCGUGGUAUCCUCAUGUCAAAAUAAAAACGUAGUUCAAAUCACUCCUCUGAUGUUCGUCAGUUUGUGUAAAUGUAACAUCAGAGGUGCAGUUUCAUAUCAUGCCGGGCAAUAGAUAUCAGUCUUCUCCUUUGCCCAGCAGAAGCUCUUCUUCGUUAAGCAAUAAUAUUAGGCCAGGCUCACCAUUGCCCGUACCAGUGGGAUAUAGAUUGGACUGUAUGAGUGCUGCAGCGAAACGAUACAAAUACCUAAGGAGACUCGUGAAGUUCCAUCAGAUGGACUUCGAGUUCGCAGCAUGGCAGAUGAUAUACCUAUUCGUUUCGCCCCAACGAGUUUAUAGGAAUUUUCACUACCGAAAACAAACAAAAUCACAGUUUGCAAGGGAUGAUCCAGCAUUUCUUGUUCUCCUGAUGUUUUGGUUGUGUGCAUCAUCUGUUGGAUUUGCCAUUCUUCUGCACUUGUCAUUCUGGGAGUAUUUCAAAUUCCUGCUCUAUGUGGUAUUUGUAGACUGUAUUGGAGUUGGUCUCCUAAUAGCUACUUUUCUGUGGUUUGUUACUAACAGAUACAUGAUAAAACCGUCAUGUCGAGAUCAGGAUGUUGAGUGGGGUUAUGCAUUUGAUGUUCAUCUCAAUGCUUUCUUUCCUGUCCUGAUUAUUCUACAUGUGUUCCAACUGUUUUUCUAUAGAGCUUUUCUGUAUCAACCCUGGUUCGUGGCCAGAUUAUUUGGAAAUACCCUGUGGCUGAUCGCCCUUGGCUAUUACAUCUAUAUCACAUUUUUAGGCUACAGUUGUUUGCAAAUUCUGCAGAGAACUCAUAUACUUCUUUAUCCACUGACAGUGUUGCUGGCAUUGUAUGUUAUAACAUUGAUGUCUGGUUGGAAUAUAUCUCAAGAUAUGAUGAACUUUUAUGAAAGAAGAGUAACGUAACUGAAGACGUGAAUCAGUGAAGUGUUGAAUAUGUAUAACAUGUAUUAUAACAAAGUAUCAGAGUGGUAACAAAGGAGAUGUUGUAAUGUGACAGUAUUGUCAUAAACAGUGUUCGUGACAUUAACUUUUUGUACCCAAGGCAGUGAAAAAAAAUAAUAAUUUGCCUUAUUUUCGGUAAUGUAAAUUAGUUAAAUUGUUUCUUUUAAUAUGUGAUUGUAAAUAUAUAUUUCAGAGUUUU